AUGGCCGCCUCCACCAUGUCUGUCUGCUCCGAUGCUUGUACCAACUCCUCCUGGCAGGUGGACGACUGCCCAGAGAGCUGCUGUGAGCCUACCUGUUGUGCCCCCAGCUGCUGCCAGUCCAGCUGCUGCCAGCCCAGCUGUUGCCAGCCCAGCUGCUGCCUGUCCAGCUGUUGUGCCCCAGCCCCCUGCCUGACCCUCAUCUGUACCCCAGUGAGCUGUGUGUCCAGCCCCUGCUGCCAAUCUCCCUGUACCAGCUGCUGCUCACCCUCAUGCUGCCAACAGUCUAGCUGCCAGCAAGCUUGCUGUACCUGCUCCCCCUGCCAGGCGUCUUGCUGUGUGCCAGUUUGCUGCAAGCCUGUCUGCUGUGUGCCAGUCUGCUGUGGAUCCCCCUCAUGCUGCCAGCAGUCUAGCUGUGAGCCCUCUUGCUGCACCUGCUCUCCCUGCCAGCCGCCCUGCUGUGAACCCACAUGCUGUGAGCCUUUGUGUUGUGAACCUGUCUGCUGCACACCUGUCUGCUCUGGAUCAUCAUGCUGCCAGCCAUCCUGCUGUGUGCCUGUCUGCUGCAAGCCUGUCUGCUGCACACCCAUCUGCUCUGGAUCCUCCUCAUGCUGCCAGCAGUCUAGCUGCCAGCCCUCAUGCUGUCAAUCUUCCUGCUGUGUGCCUGUCUGCUGCACACCCGUCUGCUCUGGAUCCUCCUCAUGCUGCCAGCAGUCUAGCUGCCAGCCCUCAUGCUGUCAAUCUUUCUGCUGCCCCAGCUGCUGCAAGCCCUGCUCCAGCAUUUCCCUGCUCUGCCGCCCUGUGUGCAGACCUGCCUGCUGUGUGCCCACCUCCUCUUGCUGUGCCUCCUCCUGCCAGCCCAGCUGCUGCAAGUCUUGCUCCAGCGUGUCCAUGCUCUGCCACCCAGCCUGCUCCAGACAAGUCAGCUGUAGCCUCUCUUCUGGCCAGAAGUCUAGCUGCUGA